GCGAGAUGUUGUACUCCCGUUGCGUAGCAACGCUACGCCGCAGGCUCCCGUGGGCGUAGCCCGUCUACGCGUGACGUAGACGGGCUACGGAUGACGUAUUCAAAAAUGUCCACCUUUUUGAAGGUCACAGUCUAUAUUUAAAAAUAAACUGCUCAUAUAAUUAUGUUGUGUAACAAAAACAAAGCAUCCUUUCACGUGGCAAGGUCAGCUUUGUUAAUAAGAAUCGAAAUCUGCGUGCAAAACGAUAACGCGAUACAUUUUAUCAAAACGUAUCAAGCCAUUAGUGUUGAGACGGAUAUAUGCAGUUUUUAUAGCAGUGAGCGGGACGGGAGUUGUAGCAACAAGUCUCGUUCGCGUUAUCGGCAGUGACGUCACGACCCUUUCACUGGCGCGAACGUUCUCACGACGUCAGUCCACGCGGCUCGGUCACGGCGUCCACCCGUCUCGCUGUGUUCCUAAAACGACUGACGCGCGUUCCAUAUUCAAAAAUUUAAAAAGUUUUGACGGACCUGGAUUCUAGGGAAUUUCGCCAUGGGUGUUAUCAAGGUGUCCCCCGAUACUGCGUCUCUGAUCUCCGUGUGUGACAUGCUCGACGAUAUGAAGAGCGAGUCGAGCUACACAUCCUCGGAGGAGGGAUGCGGCGGCGGCGAGCGGCACGCCGUGCUGAGUUACGAGCAGGUGUCGCGGCUCAACGACGUCAUGGACGAGGUGGUGGCCAUCCACGGCCGCGGCAACUACCCCACGCUGCACGUGCGGCUGCGGGAGCUGGUGGCCGGCGUGCGAGCGCGGCUUGAAGCCCCUCAGGCCGCAGGCGGCGCCGGCGUGGCAGUCCGCGACGUCCGUCUAAACGGCGGAGCGGCUUCUCACGUUCUCGCCGAUCGCCCCCAGCCCUACUCCGACAUCGACCUCAUUUUCACCGCCGACCUCCUCACCGCGCGCCACUGCGACCGCGUGAAGGCCGCCGUGCUCGGCCACCUCUCCACUCUCCUACCUCCGGCCACCCCUCGCCGCCGCGCCCCCACCGCCGGCUUAAAAGAAGCCUACGUCUCCAAAAUGGUCCGCGUCAACUCCGACGGCGACCUCUGGUCGCUCAUCUCCCUCGGAAACUCCCGCGGGCACAAAUCCGUGGAGCUCAAGUUCGUGGACACCAUGCGACGUCAGUUUGAGUUCUCCGUGGACUCUUUCCAGAUCGCACUAGAUUCGCUACUCGCGUUCCACGAGUGCGCGGCGCUGCCCAUCGGCGAGAACUUCUACCCGACCGUAGUCGGCGAGUCAGUGUAUGGAGAUUUCCGCGAAGCUCUGAUCCACCUAACGGAGAAGUUGAUCGCGACACGCCAGCCCGAGGAAAUCCGCGGCGGCGGCCUGCUCAAGUAUUGUGCAUUACUGGCUAAAGGAUACAGGGCCGCGCGGCCGGAUCGCAUCAAGACGCUAGAGCGAUAUAUGUGCUCGCGGUUCUUCAUCGACUUCCCCGAGCUUGGCCAGCAGCGCGCCAAGCUCGAGGCAUAUCUACGGAAUCACUUCGUCGGGCGCGAGGAGGAGGCCCUCAAGCACCGCUAUUUAACGCUGCUGCACGGUGUAGUUCGCGAGUCGACAGUGUGCCUCAUGGGCCACGAGCGGCGGCAGACGCUGGCCCUGAUCGAGCACCUGGCGUGCCGGGAGCUGUGCGCGCGGACGCCGGUGUUGCUGGCGCCGGGCGUGGGUGUGGGCGUGGGCGUGGGAGUGGGCGGCUACUACGUGUGCGUGUGCGCGGCGUGUGCGGCGUGCGCGGCGUGCCCCGCCUGCGCCGCGUCCUACUGCCAGUGCUGCCGCCCUCAGCUGUGCCCCGCGUGACCGCGCUAGACCGCCGUGAUCAGAGACACGUGAUUCUUACCUUCUUUAUCGAUCGAUGAAUUUAGUGCCAAAUGUAUAUAAUAAAAAAUAUAUGUAUAUGUAUGAUUCACUGUUCUAUAGGCGAGUGUAUAUAAUGUGUUAUUAAUUACGCUUCGUAUUCUUGGCUGGAUUUUUAUUAGGAAAAAAAAAUGGGAAACACCAAAGCGAAAAAGACAGGCCGGUGACUUACGCUUCUUUGGCGAUUGCGAAUAUUUCAGUAGAUAGAAUCGAGUGGGUCUCGAGCACUGACGCCGAGCCGGCACGACUUGCCAUUGAACCUCGCGGCCUCCUACUCCUGAGCCAUAUCGGUAGCUUCAUGUGGAGACAAUUUACCCUGUGUCAAUUCGAAGUUGCUCACUUUACUAGUACACAGAUCAAUUCUCACCAGUCAAUUCUUCCGCAAAGCCUCCACGGUAGUAUUCAGGAAUCUACUAGCUAGCACCUAGCUAGUCACUACUGAUCACCAAAGCUCGGUGAAAAGUUUAACUAACUCUGAUUGGUUAUGAUGGCAGUAUUACUGACUAUUAGUGAUCUUGACUACCAACCCUGCACUCGUUUGCUAAUAAUUCUAAUCAACUAUUGUAAUGUUAGCUAGAGAACUAAGCAGAACGUAUUUAGCCAACGCUUGAGGUCAAACGUGAAAUAAUUUCUAGUCGUACUCCUUUCGUGUUGAUAAUUUAAUAUGUUAGCAGUACGAAAAUUAUUUUCCACGAAAUAUAAUGGACGCAUUGUUAGGAAUAAGUCCGAGUCGAUGGUCUGCCUAUAAAAAAAGACUAGUUAGUUAUUAUUAAGCUUUUUAUGUAUAAAAUUGUCUCCAUAAUUUUAGUGGCAUGUCUCUCAAAAACCCCGCUCAAAUGUCAAAGGCGUAACUUUGACUCGAGCUACAACUAGGACUGCUUUGGAAGAAAACGAUAUUUCAGUAGCAACUAAAAGCUAAAUAGAAACAAGUCCGGCCUUGUCGUUGGCCUUUAGAAACAAGGAAUCGCAAAUGCAGACAAGGAACUAGGCAUAGACUGUCCCCGCGGGGACGGCAGGCGCGGCCGGGACGCACUUUACAAAAUGCCUACCUACAUCUCGUAUUUGUGAAGCGCAAAGCAAAAGCAAAAGAGUUUAGUGCGCGCCCGGCUGCCGCGCGAGAUGUACUGAAGACGUAUUUUAUUACUAUGUAUUUAUAUAAUAUAACGUGUAUACAUUUGUCUUGAUCGCUCUAGUAUUGUAUACGGCUUGGCAUACGAGAGUAACAAAUUAAGUUAAUUAUAAUAACAAAAAAGAGAAAAAGCAAAAAAAAGACUAAGGUGUGUACAAUAUUAAAGUCCACUCUUGUUAUUGAUAGAGAUCCAUUUACGAAUAUUUUAAGAACAUUUACAAGUACCAGAAGUCACGUCGAGAGCGUACUUAUGGCGUUUCAACUUUUAACAUUUCAUCAAUUACAGUAAAUAUUGUAGGUGGUAUAAAAACAUGUGAUUUAAUUGUUGUAGAGUAACAUACUGUUGUCGAUGAUUAUACUUACAUACAUUAUAAUGUAGAUUAAAUCCAAUAGAGAGAUGUACUAUUAUUGUUGUAUUUUAAUGAUAUAUAGAUAUACGAAUGAUUGUGUAAACUGUGUCCGGCCAAACGUGCAUGUCUUAGAUAUUUGCCAAUGCAUAUUCAAAUAAAAAAUAUAUGUAUACACAUUAUUGCAUGGAACUCUUGAAUAGGAAGUAAGAUGUUUACAUAUUUUUGAUUAGUCGAAACGACAUCCAGAGGAAUCAAGUACAAUGGCUCCUAUAGUCGCUAAUAAUUCGGGCCUACUUCACGAGGACGAAUCCGACUUGCUCACUAUCGAACCAAAAUUUGAGAUCUCAUUUUUUAUUCCCUCAAAAUAUUUCGAAAAUGUAAGAACAUGUUCAAUUUAUUUUUAACUCGUAUUUUGGUACUGUCCGCGGCCCCUGUCAGGGUCAACACUGGAUUCAUAAACAUUAAACCCGUUCGUUUUUAGUACCUCUCAAAAUAAAGUGUAAAAGAGGUUCUACCGCGAAAAUCUAACAUCGCAAUUUCGUUACCUGCCUCUCUAUCACUGGCAUAUUCGAGCGAUACAGUGCUAUACAACGAAAUUUCGAUUUUCAUUUUCCGCCUUAGGGCCUCUGUUAUCACAUUACAACGGAGGGAAAUUUACAACUUCAUAAUACCCAUUAGACAUCAACUAAUAUUUAAGAUAAUAAAACUUAGAAAAUCUCAUCGAAUCCAGUGUCCUGUCCUGUGGCUUGUGCUCUUGUCAUGACUUGAAUCACGAAUUUUAAAACGCUUUUCGAAUUCUCAACAUUUUUAUUUACGAGAGGUGUAUUGAUAUUAUAAUAUAUCAAGUAUUUAGAAACGUGUAUAUUUCCUAAGUCAUUGAGGGUGAAGAGGAGGAAAAAGGUCCGUUGUCUUCCCGCGUUCGUAUAAUGUCAUCAAUAUAGGUAAUGCUAGGAUUUCCGGGUAAACUACAUAAUGCCGAAGGCGUCUAGAGAAUAUUUUUUUGUCUUGCUCAUGAAUGUUGUUUAAAGUAUUGAUAGCUUAUUAUCCAGAAAACUGACGUUUUAACCAUUAUUUAGUCAACAUCCGGCAAUCCAUCGUAGCUAUUUGUAAAGACCAGAUAUCACUUUACCAGGAGCAAUCACCGUACAAUGUCAUGCUAUACGAGCACACUUUUGAUAUUGGCGAAAUCGUUAUAUAAAUUUGAUCUUCCAACCUUGACGCUGGCAAAAUUGUCCCACUGGACAGAUGCCAUUUUUUUUAAACUGAACUGAACUAGAUAAUGAUAAGUUCAUUACGAAGUAUCUUCGACUGAUAGACGAACGCAGUGGGACGCCGGACUAAGACGUACUUAGAAGUAAAACAAGUACAUAAUUUUAACUAACGACAUCUAAACCAUAUUCCAUUUGUACCUAAUAAGAGUGAAUGUAAGUUAAUUAUCACUAGUUAUACCUCUCGGAAUCGAGACAGGCGUCUAAGUUGUGAUUGUAGUCUUUUCGACAGGUCUUUUAACGUUAUCUAUAUUGAAUAUUAUCAUAUUUUAAAUAACUGUGAUUAUUAUAUCUAUAUUGUAAUCUAUUAUUGGCAGUACCCGGUAUGAACUACCUCCGCGCUUAUACUAAAAUUCUGAUAAAUCGUGCUUGUAUUGUAUUAGAAAAUAUAUUUUAUUACCGUUGUACAGACUCAGAUGAUUAUACAUUGUAGUGAAAUAUAAAUGCAGUGAAAAAAAUUAUCAAUUGAUACAUAGUUUGAGCCGAUUUAGAGAUUGUUUUAUAUCCAGGAACUACUGUUGUUUAACUGAAAACAAUGUAUUUUAAAUUAUAUCUAAAAGAACAAGUAAUUGUGGUAUUUUUGAUUAUAUGAAUGAGCUUGCGAACGGCGAUGUCAAUGCCAUUGUUCAAAAACAAAACAAAAAAUACAAAUUAUUCGGCCAGUAUUUUAUAACUAAACUAUAACUGACUUAAAAAUGAUUACAUUCUGUAAUACAUGUUGUGAAGGUUGAUUACAGUAAUCAACUUUCAAGGUCAUAUCUGGUUCUUUGCACUAGAUUAAUUUCAGCAAUAGCUCUUCCGUAGAAAUAAUUCGUCACGCUUCCAUAAAACGGUCUAAAUAUUUUGGAAAUGUUUUUUGCUAACGAGAGACAUUGCGGUUUAUUAUAGGGUUUUAUUUUUCUAAAGUUACCAUCAGUUUUCAGCUAGCCUUUCUGUAUAAUGUUUAAUUUUAUAUUGUGCACGUUAUGGGGCGUCUGCGUACUGAGUUUGUUUGAUUAUUUGUAUAUAUUGUAGUGGUAGAGAGAUGAGGCGAUAUUUUGUUCGUUCUAAUGCAAGACGAAUUGUUUUUGUCGAUUUCUUUCUAGAAUGGAUUUCUAGAUUUCGCUCUGAAUAUGUUCAUUUUCCGCAAUCUACGUCUUUAUGUUUGAUUAUAAACUUCAACUAAAUCACGAAUUUUACUGUUAAAGUAAUAUUCCUUAUGAUAUUCACUUGAUCUGUGUCGCAACAUAAAGGCGUACUUUGUAACGUAAGCACGUUUGACGUGUAAACCCGGUUUUGCAUUUAAAGUAAUAUGAUAUACGUUGGAAAAUGCCAUUAGCUCCUUAACCGAUGCAUUUAUAUCAUUUGCUCAUUACGCAAAAAGCUUUGCAAUUAAAAUUUAGAAUUCUCAUUUUAACUUAAAAUUGAUUGUUAAAGCCAGUUUUGGAAUUGGCCGUGAUGGUAUUUGAUCUGCUGGGACCCGAUUUAAAAAGGCUAUAAAUGAUGAAUGUGUUUAAAUCUGCUAGGUAAAUACGCUAUUGGAUUAGACAAGGGUUUGCGACUUGUAAAAGUAUUCUUUAGUAGUGUAACGUACGCAGGCGCCUAUACAAAGGCGUGGCUUCGUGGAAUUCUUGAUUGAAACAAAUGGCAGCGACACCGUGAAAUGCCACUUUAUUAAAGAUUACAGAUCGUAUCGCUGGCGUUUGGCACCUUGGCUGGGUUAUUCGUGCUACUUUUUUGUUAGUGUGGCUUUUGUAACUAGGGGACAAAUGUAACAAAAAUACAAGAAGUGAAUCUAGAGCUAGAGUACUUAUAGUCUUAUACCAUGGGUGAACUCUUUUAUGACUGGCAAAAGUGUGCCAUGAAUAUAAGUGGCUCCUUAGCUUUUAACUCCUUGUAGUUUUAGAAUAGUUCCAUUUGCCCUAUAGUUCCAAUUGUCCCGGCUGAUCUUACGGAUUUGUUACUUACGUUUGAGUAAAAAGUCUUUUUUGGUCUUGCCAAUCUGGGAGUGUACCCGGAGACAAGAGUGGUACUGGUAAUUUAUUAACAUAAUCAAUGAAUACAAAGUUUGUACAAAACCGUGUUAGUAAGAUCGAGAAUUCUUGAGCCUUUUUUAUGUAAGAGGUUUUCACAAUAUCUUUAAUACGUAAAUGGCAUUGGAUUAUAUACAGCCAUUUAUUAAUAAUAUUCUUGGUUUUAAAACUAUCCUAGAGACUGCAGUGACAAUUCAUGAAAAGUUAAAAAGUCUUUUAGGUUCUAUUGAUAUCCCAAAUUUUACCUUCAGUGUUUCUUAAAAAAAAACAUCGAUAGUUACUUGUCUCUCUUACCUGGGCUUCUUGAAAGCUUACAGAUUGUAGUCUUACAUCCAAAUUGACUUUAAAAUCUGUGUACUAUUUGUAUAUUAGAACCGCCCCUUUUAUCCUUAAUACAUUGUAAAUAUAAUUUAUACACACGAAUGGCGUAUUCUGUCAUCUUUUUACUUAAUUUGAUGUGUAUUUUAAUUAUAUCUUCGUGCAUAAUUCUUGUUCUUUUGAAAGAUAUUAACUACGGAUCAAAAGCCCAAAUUCUCGAUUAACUCGCACGGUAUUGUUUCUCAUGGAAUUUUUACCGUAUACUGGUGUUACUUUGAGUCACGGGAAUCAUUAGAUUUUUGACGGGGAGCUGAUUUUUGAACGCAAGCUGAAGAAUUUUAUGAUGUGGUUGGCAACAUUAAUAACAGAAAUACAUGAUGAAAGCGUUCAGAAACCAAUUCUUUAUAAUUUAAAUUUACCGAACCCCAAUUUACCGAUACUAAAAGUGUACGGAUAACCCAACUCGAUAGUUCCGCAGGCACGCAAUGCCGACAAGUCGCUCAUAUGUUACCCGCGCCGGUCGGCAUACAGACUCUCUUUAAGACAUACGAGUAGCAUAUAGCAUAGUUUUAUCAAAUAUAUUUACAUAGUUAUUACUUUCUUCCGUCGCCCGCUCCGGGCCGAGCUGUUGUUGCGAUGUUUAAUAUAAUUACUAUAUUUGUGAGGAGUUUUAAGAUUGUAAAUUUUACAGAAAAUUAAAUAAAAAUGUUGUGAAAAUAAAUUAUAAAAAAGUGAUAAACAGUGA